AUGCUGCCUUCCUUUGGAUUUACUCAGGAACAAGUAGCGUGUGUUUGUGAAGUUUUACAACAAGGAGGUAACAUAGACAGAUUGGCCCGGUUCUUGUGGUCAUUACCGGCAUGUGAACACUUACAUAAAAAUGAAAGUGUGCUGAAAGCAAAAUGUGUUGUCGCUUUUCACAGAGGUAAUUUUAAGGAACUUUACAAAAUUAUGGAGAAUAACCAAUUCAGUCCUCAUAAUCAUCCGAAACUUCAGGCACUUUGGUUGAAAGCCCAUUACAUUGAAGCAGAGAAACUUCGUGGACGGCCCCUGGGUGCCGUGGGAAAAUACAGGAUCCGAAGAAAAUUUCCACUACCCAGAACGAUUUGGGAUGGUGAGGAGACAAGUUAUUGUUUCCGAGAGAAAUCCAGGACACAUUUAAGAGAGUGGUACACCCACAAUCCAUACCCUUCCCCACGGGAAAAACGUGAACUGUCCGAGGUUACUGGGCUUACAACUACACAAGUUAGUAACUGGUUUAAAAACAGGCGACAACGAGACAGAGCUGCAGAUGGAAAGGACAGGUUAGUUACAUCGCUAUUAAAAUAUUCAAAAUUUGAAACAUUCCUAACUCCAUUGAAAUCAUAA